ACGUCCCGAAAGACGUGCUGGCCGCGCGCGGCCGCCCCCGGGGGCGCCAGCCCGCACCCCGACCGCCGCCUGCGCCGCCGCACCAUCCCCGGCCGGUCCAGCGGCGGGCGGGGGGGCGGCGGCGGCUGCGGGGCCCCGGGCGGCGCCGCGGGCGCGGGCGGGGGCGCAGGCGCGGCCAGGGCGGAGGCGGCGCCGCGGGAGACCACAAGAAGCGAGCGCACCACCGCCUCGACAGCGCAGAACACCGGUGACUUCGGGCUGAGCGUGAACGCUUCGGCGGACGGCGGGCGGGGCGGCGCGCCGCUGUGCCAGCGCAAGAUGCUGCAGGUGGACUUCUCGGCCAUCGGCUGGGAGAAGUUCAUCGUCGCGCCGCAAUCCUUCGAGGCGCACUACUGCGCCGGCGACUGCCCCUUCCCCAUCGCAGAGGAGCUGCGCCCCACCAACCACGCGACGCUGCAGAGCCUGGUGCGCCAGCUGGGGGAGCCCGUGCCGGCGCCGUGCUGCGUGCCCGACCACCUCUCCUCGCUGUCGCUGCUCUACCUCGACUCGUCGGGCGACGUCGUGCUCAAGAACUACCCCAACAUGGCGGUGGAGUCCUGCGCCUGUCGGUAGAGCGCCUGCGGGAGCGCGGACCGGCGCCGGGGCGCGAGGCGGGCUCGUGCCGGAAGCGGACCCUGCGGGACGCCAGCUCGUCGCCCGCGCGCGCGGUUGAGAUUCUCCGCGCCAUCACUCCUGAGGGAUCUAGGACACUCUCGAGUACUUGCGUCAAACUGUGUCAAUUCAGAGGCGGUGCAUGUUUAGUACGUAUUGACUGAGUUAUUGGCUUUUAUUUGAGAUCAAAUAUUGGUCGAAUAGCCGUUUCGUUCUGUAGAUAAUUUAAGAAAAAUCUGGUGCCAGUUUAUGAAGAAAACAAAACGCCUAGGUUGUGGCGUGAAAAAUAAUACACGUAGAUGAUAAGAAUGAUAUUAUGUUGCAAUGUUAUUUUGCAUAUUACAUAUUUCGACAUAGGAAAUGAUGUUUAGUAUGAAAGUUUCUGACAAAGUUUCGUAAGCUAAUUAUUAUCGGCACCCGUGAAGUGAUUUUAAAAUGGUUGCUUCAAAAAUAAAUAUAAAUGCGUGAGUUUCAAAUCUGACCACUGCUUCGCAUGAAGAAAAGACUGAAGAUAUUGCUGUUAGGAGUGCGGCAACUGUCUCUUCUAGUUCAGUGUUCCAUUGAAUUACUUUAUCGACCAUCAAUUCACCGAACAGAAAUUUGUGUUCAAAAUUCAGCGAACGUUAUUGUGAAGAUAAAAACAAUACUUUUAUUUCAACCAAUUUUGUAAUAGUUGACAAGAGGAGAGAAUUUUAUUUCGUUGUGAAGAUGAACUUCAACGAUAAACUCGUAGUAAAAGCGUAUUUAUUGUCUCGGAAUUUGUUUCCUAGUCAAAACGCAAAGAGGAGUCAACAUACGAAUUAUAAAAUGUUAUUUAAAAGCAUAUAUUGGUCUACAAAACCAUCUGUAUUGAAUGCUUUAUCAAGCAUUUCUGUCCAACGUUCUAUCAGCAUUAAUUACUGUGUUACAUCAAAACUUAACAUAUGUGACUCAAGUAGACUGAAACUGAACUAGUGAACUGGUAUAUGCGUCAGUGCUAUUGUCAGAACAGUAGAUUGUAAAUGGGUUGAUUCUAUCUCGUUCAUUAAUAAUGGCUUAUUAGAUCACGAGUUUUGCAUAGAAGUGAAUGUUGUAAAUUAUUAUUAUAUUAUUGUAAUUCAAAGACAAAUGUAAACAUCAAUGUUGCGUACGUGAAUAUAGGGUUACUACAACGACUUUUAGAACUCUAGAUGCGUAGAAUAGUUCUUUAGUACACGAAAGCGUGAUCACAUUAGAAUCAAUAAAUAUAUCAACGCACCAGACAGAUUCUUAAACGUUAUACACUUUAUGCAGAUCAGAUAUUGACUCGUGUUUUUGUGAUAACAUUGAGUAGUAUACAUCAUAAACAUUUAUGUGUCACAUCACACUAAAAUCCUAAAACGAAAGACAUUAAAUUUAUCUAACAAGUAGGCAAUUAAACGUGAAGGCAUCUCUGAUAACCGGAAGUAGGAAUGUUUAGAUUCAGAAAACUGUGUUCUUUCAUAAAUUUCAAAGAUUAAUGUUCAUAGAGAACGGAUGUUACGAGAUAUCUCAACACGCAUUUUUAAUGAAAAUGUUUGUUUUGAGAAUGCAUUCUUAUCGUAUUGUUUCACAGGAUACGGGAGGAAGAAUCACUCGAAUUCUGACCACAAAAAUAUUAUAAGACUCAAUGCUCAGUUUCGAUUACGAAAUGACAAAGAAUCUCAGUUACAUGAUUCAUAAUCAAUUGAUUGCUCACCAUUUUACUGAAAGAGAGUAACGAUACGUACAGAUGACAAUCACUUAGGGAAAGUUGCUUUGAGUGAUUCUAAUAAUAGCCAGAUGAACUAAAUCCCACCUUUCAGAGUAAAUUAUCUUCACGGAUAAUAUAACACGGAAAUGUUCAUCUUCAAGUGUAAGUAUACAGUUAAAAAAACAAUGGGUGGUGUGAAACUACAAGGGCUGCAUGUCUAAAUUUCGAUUUAAUGCCAUUACUAUGCGAGGGGUAGUCCUAUUUCAGUGGAAGAGAAAAAAUGUGUAUAAUGAGGGAAAGCGUCCCAUGAGGGAAUACGCCUAAUAUUAAUGAUUGCUUCUUCUCUCCGAUUACUACACCAAUCACCAAUUCAAUGGUGAAGUCGUCGGACAAUUCAUCCCGGAUUUUCUCUAUAAAGUUAUAUGAAAUACGAAGUGAGAAGCUUCCUUUUGAUUUGAAUUUCAAACACUCAUAACAGUGAAAUAUCUCUGCAACUCAUGCAUUUGUCAUCAUUUUUGUGUUUCCCAGAGGAGUUCUCCAAUAUAUUUUUAUGUUUUCUGAAGUUUAUUUCUGGUCUGAAUUUAUAAUGCAGACAUAGAAUAGUACUGUCACGCCGUUUUGAUUUCAUACUAUUUAUACAAAAAUUUCGAAUUAAUACAUGUCCAGUUGUAAUUUCAUUUGGAAUACUGCUUGACAUUUCUUUCAAUACUACUUCAUGACAUUUUUUGAAAGGGUACUUGCUAGGUAAAUAACGGCUGUGUUUCAUUUACAAAUAUUUUGAAUUAUACUACAAAACAAUUAUUUUUAUUAAAGGUAAAUAACCGGCAUUUCCCUUCUCAUUUAUUUAAAAAGAGUGGUUAUACACAAAUAAAAGAUAUUUGGAAAUAAUAUAAGUUUAUUUUUUGAGACACCACUAUUGUGAGUGGUAUUGAAGGCCUGUAAAAUAAAAGAAGCAUGAGUUUAAUUUUCACAUGAAAGAAAAUUUUAAGGCCCCUGAGUAAGGUUAGAUUAGUACUAUCAUAUAUACAUGACAACAGUUUAAAAAUAUUUUAAGCAUAAUUCAAAACUUGUUUAACUGAAAGAAUCAAACUCUUGAGCCAAUAAGGUCUUAAACAUUUCAUUUCUCCUGUCAUUGUUUUCAAAAAAACAUUUCAUCCUACCUCCCUAAUACAAACUUUGACUUUUCAGAACAAUAUGAAGGGCGAUAAUUCAUCUACAGGAAAGGCUUCUUUGGUUCCGAGUGAUAGCCUUUCCCUUAGGAAUAUGUGUCUUAGUCCUCUAAGUAUUACCGAUUCCAUUGGAAGACGUAACGGCGCUUCAACGUCGUUAUCCAAUGAGAUGCGUUGGUGUUACCCUUAGUUCCAAGUUCAAAUGAAGUUAGGAGUAAGAGAUACAGUAAAACGCCAGAGGUACCUGAAUAUACAAUAUUGAAAAUGCAAGAUAUUUAUUUUGAUUAUUUGUUUCUGAUAUUUUUAAUGUUCUCUUCACGAUUACUAUUAACGCUUGUUUCAUCGGAAUUCACAAAGUAAAAGUGUAACUUCCAAAAUAUUUAUAACAAAUCGUGGAUGUUUGUUUACCUGUGUAGAACCACAAAUUGUUAUACACAUUCACGUGUCUCUGGCGUGCAAGUAGUUCAAUUUACAUUUCUUGCUCCUCGGUAGUGAUCGUAUUCUUCCCUUUACAAGGGGUCCUUUAUGUUAGAAUUCAUGUUACCGUAAAGUUAGAAUUAAUUCAUUUAUUAUUUGUUAAUUCAUAAAUAUACCCAGUAAAAGAUUUUUAGAUGUUUGUGUUGUAUAAAUGUGAAUAUUCUCACUGUAUAUACAGUUGGUGGCGCAUCCAACCAAGAGCCGUUUGGAUAUAGGAAGUGUCUUGCGGCCGUCAGUAGGAAUGUCGGUGUUUUGUAUGUUGCUGCUAUUAACCAAAUAAAGCACUUGUAACUGU